UUAAUUAGAAAUGCCAGCACUUGCCUAGCAAGCUAGGUGACUAUCAUCAGCGAGCUCGUUCGCAAAACUUCACAUCACAGGCACAGUUGACGUCGGCUAACAAAGCUCGUCAUGGCACCCGGUAUUAGCCUCAAGAAGCUACUAGCCAUCGGCAUGGCCAUCUGCGCCAUGUCCCUCGCUUCGGCUGCCACCGCGACCAAGACCUCCCCAGAGAACUACGUCGAGCUGCACAACGCGGCGCGCAGCGCGGCCGGCGCCGGGCGAGUGUCGUGGGACGCCGAGGCGGCGAGGCACGCGGCCAAGCGGGCCGCCGCGGGCUGCGCUGCUGGCCUCCGGAGCAUGUCAUUGCCUGUUGUUGCUGGUGGCGGGUAUGGAGAGAACGUCUUCCGUGGCACGCCGGGGAAGGCCUGGGCAGCCGCCGACGCCGUGCGCGCGUGGACGGCGCCGGCGGCCACGGAGUACGUGCAGCUCGUGUGGCCGGCCUCCGUCAGAAUCGGCUGCGCACGCGCCGCCUGCGCCGGCGGCCGCGGCGUCGUCAUUAGCUGCAGCUACAAACCAGCUGUGAAGGAAGCUAUGAGAAUGGCGCCACUCCCUGCCUACUGUAGAUACAACAUUAGCCGUUGCUACGACUGUCCAAUUUGCUGAAGUAUUCUUGGAGCAUCUCCGAACAAAUAAUUUGAGUUGAUCCCUAUGAACUAAUGUCGGCUAGUUUUCAGUAUUUACGUUCGUUCUCGUCGACAGUGAGAUAUGUUUUGUGGUUCUGUCAGUUUCAUGAUUUACUGGUCCGGCAGAAUAAUGUUCUAGCAGCCAGAUGCUUUACUUCUCAGCAUGCCUAUGUGAAAAUUGUUCAAAUCAAUGUGAAUAGAGAAUCCGCUGAGUCA